AUGGAUAAUGAUCCAUAUCUCUCCCCAUCCCAAUCAAUCGAUAAUACCGAUGACGAAUCGAUGGAUCAAAAUGAGAAUAUCGAAAAUCCGAAAUUUCGAAAUUCUGAUGAAAUAUUGGAAACUUUGAAAAUGCAUUUCGAUCAGAAUCCGUAUCCAGAUGACGUUCAAAUCGAUUAUAUUGGAAUUCUUGUUGGUGCCAGUUCUGAAUUUGUCAGCAACUGGUUUGAAAAUCAGCGAAACGAAGAGGAAAUGUGUCGGCAAAAGGAGAAUUCAAUUUCAUUGAAAGAGGAAUAUGAGAAAAGACUCAACCUCCAUGAAUCGUUCAUCGACGAAAAGACAUCUGACGCUCCGCCCCUUUUCUCGCCGAUAGCUCCGCCCACCACUUCCUCGGAAUCCAACAAAUUGAGACGAAAGCUACGGGAAUCCGAACAGACUUGCGAUUCACUUCUCCAAACGAUUUCUGAGCAAUCGAAGCAAAUUGAGGAGCUCAAAAAGGGGGCGGAGUCUUCUAAGAAAUCGAUAAUCCAGGAGGAAGAGGAGCAAAAUCUAGCUAUGUUAGCUAAAGAUCGGAAAAUUCGCGAUUUAGAGUUGAAAAUUGGCAUUUUGGAGUACUCAAAAGAGGCUGGCGAGCGGGAAAUUCAAAAAUUACAGAAUGUUUUGGAUUCGGAAACAUCUGAAAAUGCAGAAAAAUCAAAAUUGGACCUAAAAAAUGCCAAAAUUCGAGCCCUCACCCAUUAUAUCGAGUCGGAUCUGAAAUUUCAGCUAAAAGAGAAGGACCAGGAAUUGGCUGAAAAUUACAGUACGAUGCUGAAAAUGCAUGAGCGACGUGUCGAAGAAAAAACUGAAAAUCUGAAAAUUUCAGCCCAAUUUCAGGGCUUCAAAUCGACGAUAAAAAAGUUGGAAUCCAGAAUUUUGGAGCUCCAAAAAGAGCACGCUGAAUUUCGAGAAUCCGUGGACGAUCCGGAAUACGUGAACCGUCUGAAACGGAAAGUCAGAAGGAUGGACGAGGAUUUGGACAAUUUCAAGGAGGAGAAUCGACAAUUACGGCGUAAACUGGCCCGGAAGGAUCGCCAAAUUUUGCAGUUGGAAGACGAUUUGACGGAGCUCAAAAAUCGAUAUGAUGAGGAGAUUGGGUGGUUUGACGAGGAUGAUGAGUUACAGUAA